AUGAGAAACUAAUCAUUUGAGAAUAUCAGGAUGAAGAAUACUUCUUUGAUUGGUGGUAACUUUGUUAGAUGUAAUAUGAAUGGAUCAGAAUUUGAGAAUGUGGAUAUUAGCGGAGUCAAUUUUAAUGGAGCUUAAAUGUUCAAUUGUAAAUGGAAGAACAUAAAAGUCCAUGAUUUGAAUAAACUGGAUGGUCAUAGUAGUUGUGUGAAUUCAGUAUGUUUCUCUCGUGAUGGAAAUACAUUAGCUUCUGGUAGUGAAGAUAACUCUAUCCGUCUAUGGGAUGUCAAAACAGGAUAAUAAAAAGCCAAAUUAGAUGGUCAUAGUGAUUAUGUUAUAUCAGUCUGUUUCUCUUCUGAUGGAAAUACAUUAGCUUCCGUUAGUAUUGAUUAGUCUAUCCGUCUAUGGGAUGCCAAAACAGGAUAAUAAAAAGCAAAAUUGAAUUGUCUUAUAAAUAAAAGUUAUCCAGUAAAUUGA